AUGAGUAAUAACAAAAGAGCAUCGAGAAUGAAAAGAAUGAAUGAUGAACAAAUGCGAACAAUAAAGACUAUGUUGUCCUUGUUGGAUAUUGAUAUUAAUUCAAAUUACAUUUGCGAUUUCCUUGGUUUAGACAGAAAGCAUCAAUCAUGCAGCGAAACAGUUAACAAUGGAUUGAAUGAAGUUCAAAACAUCAUAUCAACAACUGAAGAGUUACUUCCUCUCUAUAAUAUAUUAAAAGAAAAAACAGAGGAGCUUGAAGAUGAGAGAAAACGUGUUAGAGAAUACAUCGAAAAGGCCGAAGAAUACGAAAGGGAAAUGGAAAAAAUCAAUCAAGAAAAGGCUGAAUUAAUAGCAAAAAUGCAGCAACCAGAGUCACAAGUGGACAACACUACAAUGAAUGAAACAAAUAUUGAAGAUGUAGUUGCAGAUAAGCAAACUGAUCUUGCAUCAGUACUCAAUCAAAAGAAAAGCGAAAUAUCAUCACUAGAAGCCCAAAUAUAUAAGAUCAAAUAUCAAAUUAACGCGCUUGAUGAAGAUAUUAAGAUUUUGAGUCCAAAUUUUGAACAAUAA